AUGAGACUCAAGGCCAUUAAAACGGCCAUUGCCAUGACUAGCGGGGCAUACAAAACAAGCUUGGUCUCCUAUUUUACACACAGGGACCUUUUCCCCUCGCUGAUGAAGUAUGUUUCCGAUGCGGAAACUUCACUGCAAGUGUUUAAUCCAUUUCUCCUCUUGGGAUUGCUUGCAAACUACAACAAAUUCGAGUUCCAAAAUCCCUAUCAGCUUCGACUGGAUGAUUUCGUUAAUGAAUCGAGCAUCCAAAAGAUGGCCAAUGGUGUGGGUCUUGCAUGCGGUGGCUUGCGCAAUGACUAUGUUGCUGUACAAGACGACAUCCCAGAGGGCUGGAAUCUGGCCAACACACUGAUCUUUUUUGGUCUCCGCGCCCUCGCUCCAGGGGCCAAAGACAAAGCAGCCCCUCCGUCUGCAGAGGAAGCGAAGGCAAUGUUUGCUGAUCUACCCGCGCAAGAGGCCUCGAUUCUCUUGGCUACAUACGACUUUACGAACGCCAACAAGAUGUUCGGCUAUCAUCUGGUACACUCAAAGCCGGAGAGCAGCGAAGAAGAGUCUCCAUUCUCGAGUUUCCUGUCAUUGACGUCCUAUCUGCUGCAACAUGCAUACCGAUCCACACGUGUCGGACAUUAUGCCGAGCUGAACCUCUUCACGCUCCGAAUUCUAGUCGAGGACACAACAAUCUGUAAACACAUCUGCGCCGAUGAUGGCAAACGGAAGGUUCGCAUCUGCCGACAGAAACAACCCUACCUCCCUCUGGUCAGCGGCGAUCGUGUCCUCGCAACUGUCAUUUUCGACAUCGUGAUUGAUACCAUCACUCACAACCUCCGUCGCCGACUUGAUGUCAAUAUUUACAGCCAUACCAUUGCCAUUACUCUUCGCCUCCUUACAUAUCUCUCCAAAAACAAAAUCCGCCUCACAUACCACUGGUCUGAGCUCUGGCGGACCCUACUCUCUCUGAUGCGCUUCCUCACAACCUAUGCCUCAGACCUAACCAGUACCCCGAGGAUUCAAACCCUAACAACGAGCCUAGCAGACUUGAUCGCCUUCUGCGUUUCCGGCGGCGACACUUUCCUCCCUGAUCCAGCCUCCUACGACGACCUGUUCUACAAGCUCGUCGAAACAGGCCCUGUAAUCUCUAAAUUCCGCGAUGCAUUUGCUAAAACGAACGAGCAAGCUGCCAUCGACACCCUUCAAUCUGUGUCUACUCACUUCUACACUCUGCUUUUCCACGAGGGCGGGGAGGCUGCCGCCGUUGCUACCCCCAAGCCCGAUGAGCCGACGCCAGUGGCGCUACCGACCAUCAAGAAGAAAAACCUGAGUCCGAAGGAAGUCCAUCGUAUCAUCAAACAGGGUUACGAUACUUUGAGUAUCCAGCCACCUGAAGGUCUGAGUGCAUGGGUCAAGUGGCGAGAGUCGGAGUGGAAGAGUGAGCUGAAACGUGCGGCGAGGUAUGCAGUUGAUGAUGCGAGGCAGUUGGUGGCUUAG